UCGGAGAGAGAGAGAGAGAGAGAGAGAGAGAGAGAGAGAGAGAGAGAGAACUUUAUCAAUAAUUAAGAUCAUUUAUGUGGAAUGUAAAACCGUUUUAAAGUAACAUCCUAUAUAAUUGAUCUCAUUCAUUUGUUAAUUAUGGUACGUUUUAUUAAAAUAACUGUGCGUUGUGGUUUUUUUUUUUGGUUUUUUUUUCUUUCUUCUUUUUUUUAUUUUUGGUCACUGUAUAUUACCGAUUCUUUUGCACUUGUUUCUGUAAAUAAUUUAUGACGUCUGAAUGCCUGUGUUUCCACUAUAACAUACAGUUUCAGUUAAGUAAAUACAGGGAGGGUAUUAUUAAUUUCGCCCAAAGUGUAAAUCCAAAAGGGAUCAAGAUACAACCAAUUCAAGCUGGCAAAGUUUUCUAUUUUUAGACCAGGGAAAUUCCAGUAUGUUUGUUGACUUAUACAAGCAUAUGUUUUAGGGGUUUUUCUUGUUAUCUCUGUAAAUCUAAAUUAAAUUGACACAAUGAUUUAACCGGGAGAUGGACAGAAAUAAAUACAGUCUUCCUAUAUUCGUUUUCAUUUAUGUAUGAAGUCACCGGAAUAUAUACGGCGAGAUUUCGACUAGUACAUGUAAUAUCCGGUCAAAGCAGACCGCACAAUGAAGGAACCAGAGGCUGAUUUUGUCCAAGAUGAGUCCCCCCCAACAUCUACAGAUCUGACAUCAGCAAAAGAGCAGAAUCACGAGAGCAAAUCUGAUAAUUCUGAUUUGUCCAAUUCUCCGAACAGUGGCCCAUUUCAACCACUUUACUCAAUCAAAGUACCCAGUGCUGUCAAAAAUGGAGAGGCUUUGCAGUUUACAGUCUGUGUGUCAAAGGAGGGCAGUGAAGGUUCUGAGGAGAUAGUUCGUGAGUAUGAUGACUUGGAAUGGCUACAGCACUGCCUGAUGACAGAAGAUGGUGUUGUGGGCUGCAUUAUCCCACCUCUUCCCCCAAGGCCCGAGUAUGAUGCCAAGGCUGCAGAAAUGAAAACAAAGAAACAGCUUGGCAGUGAUGCUCACAUCAUCAUGGCUGAUGAGUUCCAUAAGGACUGUAGAAAUGUGGAAAGAUAUCUGAAAAUGGUAAUUUCACAUCAAGUAUUUGGAAGAAGUGAACUUCUUAAGCAGUUUCUUUGUCAAAAAGAGGCAGCUGUGAGAACAAAAUUAAAGAAGAGUUUGUUUAUGCGAGUAUCUCAGGCAGUUGACGAGGCACGGAAGGGCCAACGCAAGGACAUAGAUGAAUACUUUCAGAAACAGAGGGACUGGUCUACUAAAUAUGCAGCUUGUAUGAAAGAGACCUCAGUGAACUUUAAUAAGAUGAUAUAUGCACAGAUGAGAUUAGCUAACUGCUAUGGUAACCUAGCAACAGCUCUGAAAGAAAGUGUUCCAAUUAAUGACAACAUACAGAAAGAAAUUAACGGGUGUCAACUGAUUCUCAGUGAAGGUGUAGAAAAUGCGAAGCAUGGAUUGGAAGUCAUGUCUAGAAAUGAUGAGAAAACCAUAGGAGUUCACCUCGAUCUCUAUACCAAGUACAUGGAGUCUGUAAAGGAGAUGUUAUUCAGGAGAACCUGCUUACUGGUGUCAUAUGAAGAGGCCAAUCGGGCAUUAGAGAAAGCUAAACCAAACAAGAAAACAGCAGCAGAAGAACUCCAGCGUACCACAGAGAAAUCGUUUGAAGAAUGUACUGACAAUGCGAGACGGGAGUUGAAGUCCUUCAGGCAGCAAAGAAUUUUAGCCUUUGGGGAAGAGUUAUCUACCUUUGCAGAGGCCCAGAUCAAGACAUCAAGAGAUACCAUUACUCUCUUACUCAGGACUCUACGGUCCAUCAAAUGUCCAGACGAUAGUCAGACCACACAAGAGUGAUUCCUCAACUGCUGGAAUUCUCCAGUACAAUGAGAAAGAACACUUUCCGCAUUCUCAAUGCCAAAUCCUUGUGCCUUCAUUUUUAUUUUUACAGUUCAAGGUAUUCAAUGUAUAACACCUCUAAUCAUGUACCAGUCACAUGAAUUUGAUCUACUUCACUUUCAUCAUUAUCUAACAAUGAACAUUUAUUGUCAUUUAAAUCAUUUAGAAUUCUUCAAUCUCCUUUCCAUUCUUUUUGCAUGUGAGGCUUUUUGGAAGAGUUAUCCACCCUUGGUAAAGUAAGAAAAAUCUAAUUUUUAAAAAAAGUGUGUCGUAAUUGAUUGAUUUUAUUUCAUAUUCUCAUAAAGAGAAAGUUUAUGUAACAUUUUACCAAGAGAUUUAUAUAAAAAUUCAUUUAAAAAAAAAUAUUUUAAUAAAACAUGCUUCCCUUAGACUUCAAUGUAAAAUUUUGGGUGAAAUAAAUCAAGCAGUAAAUAAAAUUUUGUUAAUCCCGAUUGUGAAAUAUUUUUUGUUCAUUAAACUCUUCAAAAUGAUACCAUGAUUACAAAAAUCCCACCAUUCAUUUAAUAGAUAUGAAAUAUUGUUGUUAUACAUUGAAUACCUUAAGCAUAUAUUUAUAACAAUCAAUACAGGUAAUCCCCCUGUGACAUUUCACCAUGCUCAAUUACAUCCAGCUGAAAUGCCUUCUUUCCAUCCAAUUAUCAUUGUAUGGUGCUUAAUAUUAUAGAAAAUUUCCCCCAAUACAUCUAUGCCAUCAUAUACAAUAUUUGCAAUUAAGGACUAUAUGCAAUAGUGAUCAUUUUCUGCCCCAUUAUAUGCAUUAUGUAUUGAGAGAGGACCAUAUAAUUGCACAGAAAUACAACCUUGUUUCAAAACAGUAAAAAUUAAUCCUUAUAAUGACCUUAUUAAUUAGUAAUGAUGUCAUGGAAAUUUUUCCAGCAAAAAUAUGGUACACAUGUAUUUCAGCCCCCCCCCCCCCUUCUUUCGUCAAGGAAUAGAGUACUUGCAUGAUCAGACACCAUAUAUGAACUUAAUGUAUAAAACAAUAAUUAUCAUUAGAAUUAUUCUGAUCAUGCAUUUACUCUUAAAUAUUAUUUUUAAAUCAAAAGGUGGAUAAUAUUUUGAACUUUUGACAGAAUUUUAGAGAAAUUACAAAAAAGGUUCAGUUGCAAUAGCACAGAAACAAUCAUUCAACGCUAUUGUCACCUAUAUAUUUUUAACAGCCAUUGGUUCAUGUUUAUUAUACUGAGUGUAGCAGACAUUUGAAUUGUGCUAAAUUUCUAAUGUUUUAUAGGGCAUGUUUAGCAAUAUACUUAAUAUGUACCUUUCUAUUCUUUUUUAUGAACAUUAUAUUUUGCUGAUAUGGAUACAAAUUUAUGGUUGAUUUUCAUUCCAUUUAAUGUCAAAAAACGAGCAGACUCGAGAUUACAACACACCCGCACGCAUUAAUGAAUUUUACAUUUUUCUAAUACAUCUGUAUAAUUAUAUUGUAUCUGUUGUUAUACAAUAGGUGUCCUGAGGACACGUCAAUAAUUUGUUGUAUCUGUGAUUGUGAUGCCAAAGGAUAUUAAUUCAUGUUACAUUCCUAACACCAUUGUUAAAAUUGUGCAAUAUAAUUUUCUAGUGAUUGUUUAUCUGCAUGGGACACAAUAAAAAUAUUCAGUCAAUGUG